GAGAUCCUGAAUACAGCUAUUCUCACUGGGAAAACAGUGGCUGUCCCUGUCAAAGUGAUCUCUGUGGAAGACGAUGGGACUGUGACUGAUCUUCUGGAAUCUGUGGAGUGCAGAUCUUCAGACGAAGAUGUCAUUAAGGUUUCUGACAGAUGUGACUAUGUCUUUGUCAAUGGGAAGGAAAUGAAAGGCAAAGUGAAUGUCGUAGUUAAUUUUACUUACCAGCAUCUGAGUGCCCCUUUAGAAAUGACAGUCUGGGUUCCUCGUCUCCCGCUGCAGAUAGAGGUCUCUGACACAGAACUAAAUCAGAUCAAGGGGUGGAGAGUCCCCAUCAUCUCUAAUAAGAGACCAGCCAGGGACAGCGAUGAUGAAGAGGAGGAUGAACGUAAGGGAAGAGGCUGCACCCUUCAGUACCAACAUGCGAUGGUGCGAGUCUUCACGCAGUUUGUAGCUGAAGCCUCGGACCCCGGCGGCCAGCUGAGCUAUUUACUGGGUUCUGACUGGCAGAUUGACAUUACUGACCUGGUGAGCGACUUCAUGCAGGUGGAGGAGCCAAGAAUCGCUAAGCUACAGGACGGACAGGUUUUGAUUGGGCAGGAGCUUGGAAUGACGACAAUUCAGAUAUUGUCCCCCCUUUCAGAUGCUAUCUUGGCUGAGAAGACAGUGACAGUUCUGGACGAGAAGGUGACAAUAACUGACCUGGGAGUGCAGCUGGUGACCGGAUUGUCGCUUUCUCUGCAGCUCAGUCCAGGAAGCAAUAAAGCCAUCUUUGCUACAGCAGUAGCACAAGAGCUGCUCCAAUCUCCAAAGCAGGAAGCAGCCAUCAGCUGCUGGAUCCAGUUCAGUGAUGGAUCUGUCAUGCCCCUGGAUAUUUAUGACUCCAAAGACUUCUCCUUGUCAGCUACAUCUCUGGAUGAGAAGGUGGUCUCCAUUCACCAUGACCCCAAAUUCAAGUGGCCCGUGAUUGCUGCUGAGACAGAAGGCCAGGGAACACUGGUGAAGGUAGAGAUGGUGAUCAGUGAAUCAUGCCAGAAAUCCAAAAGAAAGAGCAUCCUAGCUGUUGGAAGUGGUAGCAUUAAAGUCAAGUUUGGGCAGAGUGAUGCCAACCCUAACAUCAGUGACAGUAAACACAGGGGUGCUGGUGUCCACCUGGAAAAUCGUGCCAGUGACCGGCGUCAGAAAACCACUCUGCAGGAAAGAGCUGGGCUGGAUGGCCAAUAUUACAGCUCCUCCAUGGGCCACGAGCAAGGCAAAGGGACCACCACUCAAAGGUCUGUUUUAAGUAAAAAAGAAGACAGAGAAAGCCUCCUGGAUGAUGACAGUCAUCUGCAGAACAUCCCAAUAGACUUCACGAGCUUCCCUGCACAGGUGGAUCUGCCAAGAAAUGAUGGAGACUUGGAAGAGAAUGACCUAGUCCAGACCCCUAGGGGACUCAGCGAUCUGGAGAUAGGAAUGUAUGCUCUUCUGGGAGUCUUUUGCCUGGCAAUUCUGGUCUUCCUUAUCAAUUGUGUCACUUUUGCUUUGAAGUACAGAAACAAACAAGUUCCCUUUGAAGAGCAAGAAGGCAUGAGCCACUCUCAUGACUGGGUUGGGCUGAGCAACAGGACAGAACUUCUGGAGAAUCACAUAAAUUUCUCAUCCCAACAAGAUGAACAUAUCACAGCCAUUGACAGAGGAGUGGACUAUGAAGAGAGCAAAUAUCUCCUCAACACAAACACCGCCAAAAAUAUUAAUGGACAGUCUUUCAGGUCUACUGAGUCCACAUUCACUGAAGGGAAAGAACAGAAAAGUGAACCAACCACUUCUCCGACCUCUAAGAGGAAACGGGUUAAAUUCACCACCUUUACCACCAUCUCCUCUGAUGAUGGGUGUCCAACUGUCAACUCAAUCUUGAUGAGUAGCGAGGAUGACAUUAAAUGGGUCUGCCAGGAUAUGGACCUGGGGGAGUGCAAAGAACUUAAAAACUAUAUGGAGAGAUUACAUGAAAAUGUGUAA